UUACACAAGUCCUUAACCUAUAACCACGAAUUCUUUCGGACAAAAUUACCUCCAUGUUGGCCACCCUAUUAUCACUCGUUCACUUUAUAAAUUCUUUCACUUAGGUUCUUCACUUUAUAUACUCUUCCAUAGUUCCAUUCACUUUAAACUUCCAAAAGCAAAGAGACAACAAAAUCAAAAAAAUAUGGAUAUUUGGUCUUGGAUAUGUGAUCUUCUUGACUCUGAAAUCUGGAGUACUGGGAAUGACUCAUCUCUCAUUUAUAAUCUUGCUACUUCCCUAGGCAAUUCAAACCAAUCAAUUCAAUUCAAAGCUGAGAAAACACUUGAGCCAAACUCAGAGAGUAAUUCUUCAUUGGUCUUCUCUGUAUGCUUGGUAGGUUUUCAUGACACCUCUCAAGAAGAGGUGACUAUCUGGGUUUCUGACACGUGUCCCCUUUCCUCGGACAAACCAUUCUUGCCACUUGUUCUACAACUCCUUCAAGAAAUCAUCUCACGUUCACCCACGGCGCAUGACAGCUGCACAUGUCCACGUUCGCAGCUCCACAAGCUCCAACCCGACCCGGUUUCUUGGAUCCUAGACUCACACUCACCAGAAUCAUUCUCAAAUUUCUUCAAUCUCAUCUUCCUCACUCGCCUUUUCUGGAUGUUUGCGUUCGACGCGCCGGCAGCAGUGGGGUCUCUUUACUUCCACUCCCUGCUAGCUCCAAACCUUGAAGCCUUUUCGUGCAAGCACGCCCCAGUUCUGCGAACCUUCUUUAUUUCAGUAGGAACUGACGUGGAACUCUGUUUCAUGCGCACCUUUGGGUACAUGUUAGCAAAAUGGUUGAUUUUAAGGGAAGUUGGCGGCGUAGGAUUAAAGUCGUUAAUGCCGUUAGCAUCUCAUUACCUUGGAUUCUCCUAUGCCACAGAGGCUCAUGGGUUAUGGAUGUUAAAAGGUUACGCGCCAAUUAAGGCAAUGAAACCCACGCGCAUGAACGGUGACAAAAUUCAAUUUCCUAUAAUUGAAUCUAAAGAUAUUGCACUAAAAUAUACACUGGCCCAUCAGCAACUUGAGGCUGUGAUCCAAUUUGAAUAUACGGUUGGAUUCUAUGAUGGGUUUAUCCAGGUAAGGGCCCGUUUGGAUAACAUACGUCUUGGUGUUGCAAGAUUGGGCUUUAACAAGAAUGAGGAAGAGGAGGAUUCUUAUUUGCAAGAGAAGCAUUUUCCAUCUAGGAUUCGAGUUUGGGUUGGGCCAGAAGUAGGUGCUAAUUAUGUGGGCGGGUUAAGUUUGGGCCGGUCCACUAACAACGUCGAACGUGAAUUCGAAAUGCAAAGAGUCGUAAAGGGCAAUUUUGGGAAUUCAAAACAAACCGAGGUUAAGACAAGGGCGAAAAUGGCAACAAAAUCAAAGAUGAAAAAUUGGAGGUGGGACCAAGAAGCUGAAGGGAAUGCAGCCGUAUAUGAAGCUAUCUUAUACGACCACGUGUCUGGUUGUGAAAUUUCCACGUGGAAGCCUAGUAAUGGCGAUGAUAGGAAUAAUCAACUGAUGAACAAUUUUCGAGGAAGAUAUUUUGGAGGGAAUAGGGCAUUUACUAAGAAGGGUGGUUUGGUCUUUGCAGGGGAGGAAUGUGGUGAAGAAGUAGGAUGGAGAUUGAGUAAAGAAAUGGAAGGAAGUGUGUUGAAGUGGAGAGUAGGGGGUCAAGUAUGGUUAAGUUAUUGGCCAAAUAAUGUGAAAAGUUCAUACUAUGAGACAAGGCUUGUGGAGUGGUGUGAUGAGGUAGAUUUGCCUUUGAUUCCUGCAAAAAUAUUUUAGGAAUAUAAAUGGCUAAAUAACUCUUUUAUGUAAUAAUAGUAUUGUGUAAGCUUGUGUACAUAUAUAUGUUUAUAUGGGAAAUAAAAACUAUCAUGUUUGAUUAA